CUACGCGUUUCAUUCUUCACCAAACACUCCAACUCUAUAGCUCUCAGUUUAUAUACAAUCUGCAAAUAACCACUACCGAAAGAGAAAGAAAAAGAAAAAGGUUGAUAAGGUUCCACCAUAGAAAGAAAGAUGGAGAUAGUUACACCUAAAGCCUCAGACUCAAAGAAGAUAGCAACAAAAGCUGAGGAUGAGAAGAAGACAAAGAAAGAUGAUGUGAUGACCAGUAAUGGUCGAAAGUUCACUAUUAUUAAAGGGCAUCUCAAAAUCAUUGAGGGUUUAAGACAAGGUAAGAUUAAAGACGAUCAACCUCCUAAGAGCCCGAGAUCUUCAUCAUCAUCAUCAUAUGUGAUGGAGAUCAAGAUGGGAAAUUACAAAAACUCGAUUCAAAGAUCAGAAAAUACUAAAAGGAUGGAAACUCAACACAAGGGUAAGAAGGUGAUGAACGUGAAACAAAACACAGAAGAGAGCAACGUUCAAAAGAUGAAGAAAGUAUGGGAUUGCGAAAGCACACUUUAUGACUCGUUCGAGCUCAACUCCUUCAAUCGUCAACUCGACAACGCAAUAUCUUCUUCCGCUAGAUCCAUGUCAAUGCCUCACCUUCCUCCUCCACCGUCAGAAACCACGUCUUCGCCUUCGACAAAGAAGCAGCCAUCAAACAAGAUCUCACGCUCUUUAAAGAAACUCGUAAAGUCAAUCUUCAGACAGAAACAGUCAAACACUCCCUUUAAGGCAUGUCACGGCGUAGAUAUGGACAAAUACUACGUCGUUUUUGACAACACAGGAUCCCUCACGACGAUUCCCGAGUCAAGAGAGUCAUUAGAACUGGGUCGCUCAGAGAUCAACUCGCUUGAUAGAAAAACCGUGUCAGAGCGAUUCCCACCGAGUCGACUCGCUGUGUGUUAGCAUAGGAAUAUGGAAAGUUGGUUUAGCUCCUGACCUUGAAGGAAGGCUUCAUGUAAAGAAGGCCCCCUCGCUUUCUGGUCAUCAAGGCGAGGUAUCCAAUUCCAAUUUUUUUUUUUACUUUUCAUCUCUCUUUUCGGUGUUUGUUGGAUUUGAUGAGUAUGAAACUUUAAGGUCUAACUUUUUAUCUUCAACCCUACCUUUUUAUUUAUUUCAUUUGUGUAAAACUCAACUUAAUUACACGGUAUUGAUGUCUCCUGGUCAGUUUGGCAGAUGGAAUGGAACAUGAGUGGCCUGACUUUAUCCUAGCACCGGAAGCGAUGGGGUGGCCACAUACUCAUUUUGAGUUUAGUUCUAUGAUUCAUACUCCCUCUAAACAGUUUGAUGUUUUGGCUCGAUGCCUAAGAUCCACACUUUUACAAAAACAGAAUCAUUAAAAAUAUAAAUAAAAUAUAAUUCAAUCAAUUAUCAAAAGAACUAUGAAAACAUCAUUAGUUAUACAAUCUUUAAUAAAAUAAAAACUAAUAUAAAAAUAUCAAAACAUCAUGUAUUUUGAAACAUCAAAAAAUCUUCAAAAUAUCAUCUAUUUUGGAACGGAAUGAAUAUCUUUCAAAGAUAUCUUUGUAAUCUGUAGACUGUCACUGUACACUGUAGCUAAUCACACCUUACAAUAGUUUGAUUUUAUUUUGGUUUGAGGCAUUUAGGCUAAGAUAGACGAUUGAACCAACUCUAACCUGGAUUAGUCAUGGUGAAUUUGGUCAGAACACCUAGUAC